CUGCUCGGUCACACUACUUCUGAUCUUGUUGCUUGUCGGGGGUUCAAAGCAAGUUCACGGAAUCGUCAUCUUCACCAAGUGAGAUGGCAGGGCUGGGAAAAUAAAAAGACCUUUUUGAGGGUGGCCCAUCGAGCGUGCUGCAUUGCAUACAGUUUGUUUCUCUUCGUCAAGUAGCCUUUGCUGAACGUGUCGGAAACUGAUUUGAGCCAUGGCGGACACUGUUGGCAAAACUAUUGAGUGCCGUGCAGCAGUUGCAUGGGAGCCGAAGAAGCCACUCACGAUUGAACAGGUGGAGGUGGACCCACCAAAGGCAGGCGAGGUGCGCAUCAAGGUCCUCUACUCUGGUGUGUGCCACACCGAUGCCUACACGCUGAGCGGUGCAGACUCCGAGGGCAAGUUCCCCUGUAUCCUGGGUCAUGAGGGUGGCGGUGUUGUGGAGAGUAUCGGCGAGGGAGUCACCUCCGUGCAGCCCGGUGAUCAUGUCGUCCCACUCUACAUUCCCCAGUGUGGUGAAUGCAAGUUCUGCAAAAGUCCAAAGACCAACCUCUGCUCUAAGAUUCGUUCCACUCAGGGUGCUGGUGUGAUGCCUGACGGUACAUCCCGCUUCCGCUGCAAGGGCACCACGGCCUAUCACUUCAUGGGUACCAGCACAUUCAGCGAGUACACCGUGGUGGCCGAGAUCUCUGUUGCCAAGGUGAACCCCAAAGCUCCACUGGAGAAGGUUUGUCUGCUGGGCUGCGGUAUCUCUACUGGCUAUGGCGCUGCACUGAACACUGCCAAGGUGGAGGAGGGUAGCUCUGUUGCUGUCUGGGGCAUGGGUGCUGUGGGCCUUGCCGUCGUGAUGGGCUGCAAGGAGGCCGGUGCCACACGCAUCAUUGCAGUGGACAUCAACCCGGACAAGGCAGAGCUCGCCAAGCAGUUUGGUGCCACCGAGUUCUUCAACCCCAAGGACCAUGAGCGCAAGACUCAGGAGGUGUUGGUUGAGCUGACUGAUGGUGGCUUGGACUACACGUUUGAGUGUGUUGGCAAUGUGCACACUAUGCGUGCUGCCUUGGAGUCCUGCCACAAGGGAUGGGGUGUCUCCACCAUCAUUGGAGUUGCUGGUGCUGGACAAGAAAUUUCCACUCGUCCAUUCCAACUGGUCACAGGCCGUGUGUGGAAGGGCACUGCCUUUGGAGGUUGGAAGAGUCGUGACAGUGUUCCCAAGCUUGUCGAGGAUUACCUGAGUGGCAAGGUCAAGGUCGAUGAGUUUGUUACUCACACUAUGCCCCUUGAUGAGAUCAACGAGGCAUUCGAUCUGAUGCACGAGGGCAAGAGCAUCCGUGCUGUUGUCAACUGCUAAGAAACUCCCCCGGGUCAGCUGCGGCGGCGUCUUCCUCACUAGUGCCCGGACCAAGUUUGCAACGAAUCGGUACUUCGAAACUGGCUGGCAUGGUUUUGAUUGCUCGGAGAAAGCUGCUUUGUUUUUGCCUCUCGUCGUCUUUUUAGCUAUUUUUUCACCCCCAUUUUUAGUGUCUGGUACACACAACAAGAAAUUUCAAAAUUUUGCUGACUUUCUCAAUUUACCGUGAGAUUCAUGGCGGUACUGCAGCAUUA